UUCUCAAAUUAAAUCUUAUUUCUCCCUUCUCUCUCUAAACUUCUCUCUCUCUCUAAAUAUGGGGAACUCCCUUCGUUUGUUUGCAACUUUCUUCCUUGUAGCUAUGCUGCUUUUGGCCACUGGACCAAUAACAAGCGUAGAAGCAAGAACUUGCGAGUCGCAGAGCCAUCAUUUCAAAGGGAAUUGUCUUAGCGAUACCAAUUGUGGUUCCGUUUGCCGCACCGAAGGGUUCACGGGUGGCAACUGUCGCGGUUUUCGUCGACGUUGCUUUUGCACCCGUAAUUGUUAAUAGAAGAAAAUAAUCUUUUCAGAACGAUCGCUUUAAUUUACCCUUUGUUGAAUUAAAGUGUAUGAUCUAUCAAUAAAACACGUACUUCCAUAUAUAUAAAUGGUUGUAUGUUUUGUUAUUUUA